AGUUGACGUAUUGUAAUAUUUUUAUCAGAAAGUUUCACCUACAAUUCGAUCAGAAAAAAUGAGUGCAACUACUUGCAGUUCAGUGAAAAAAAGAAAAAUUCCAAUGCAAAAACGUGAAACAAAAGAGCAGAGAGCUGUUACAUUCAGUAAAAGACGAACGGGUCUGUUUAACAAAGCAGCAGAAUUGUGUGUUCUCUGCAAUACUCAGGUUGUAAUUUUGGUUUCUGCUCCUUUGGCCAAAGAAAAGUUUUAUACUUUUGCACACCCUAACAUCAAUCUUCUUCUCGACACAUUCCUCAAUAACCAUGUCUCUCAUCCCAUCAACAAUUACAAUAAUCUUUCUACUUCUUCGUCUCAUCAAACUAUGGAGCAAUUAACUCCUAACAAUAAUGUGUCCAAGACCAAGAAGAGAAAGAGAGAGUCUGAAGAGUUUUGGUGGGAAAAUGAAGACUUUGAUGUUUACCAAACACCUGAAGAGGUGACAUCAAUCAUCGAGAAGUUAGAAAAGGUGAGAGAAAAUGUGGCGCUCAAACUUCAAAAAUUAUCAACUUCUAAUAAUCAAGAUAUUAACAGUAGCGAUCAUCAAAACUAUCAUCUUGGGUGCUUUGCUGAAGAUAUAAUGAACAUUAAUAAUGAGUACAGUAAAGAGAGUGGUGAUCAAAGUCAGUUUAUGACAUCCGUUGUGUUUCAGAAUUUAUCAACUUCUACUUAUCAUGGUAGUUGCAUUGAUCAAAAUAUAGUGGACAUUGAUGGAUUCAAGAACAAUGUUGAUUUUAUGCAAAUGUUGCCUCUAAAAUCUACUAUGCUUACACACAAUACCAACAAUGGCAGCCAAGAUAUUGAGAAUUAUCACAAUGAUAUGGGUACUACAUUUGAAGCCCCAUUAUUCUUCUCUAAUGGCGUCGAAAAUUAUCAAGAUAUUAGUAGUGGUGAUCAUCAAAACUAUCAUCUUGGGUGCUUUGCUGAAAAUAUAAUGAAUAUUAAUCAUGAGUACAAUAAUGAAAGUGGCGAUCAGAGUCAGUUUAUGCCAUCUGUUGUGUUUCAAAAUUUAUCAACUUCUACUUAUCAAGAUGGUUGCAUUGAUCAAAAUAUGGUGAACGUUGAUGGAAACAAGAACAAUGUUGCUUUUAUGCAGAUGUUGCCUCUAAACUCUACUAUGUUUACACACAAUACCAACAAUGACACCCAAGAUAUUGAGAACUAUCACUAUGAUAUGGGUACUACAUUUGAACCCCCAUUAUUCUUCUCUAAUGGUGUCGAAAAUUAUCAAGAUAUUAGUAAUGAUCAUCAAAACUAUCAUCUUGGUUGCUUUGCUGAAAAUAUAAUGAAUAUUGAUCAUGAGUACAAUGAUGAGAGUGGUGAUCAAAGUCAGUUUAUGUCAUCUGUUGUGUUUCAAAAUUUAUCAACUUCUACUUAUCAUGGUAGUUGCAUUGAUCAAAAUAUAGUGGACAUUGAUGGAUUCAAGAACAAUGUUGAUUUUAUGCAAAUGUUGCCUCUAAAAUCUACUAUGCUUACACACAAUACCAACAAUGGCAGCCAAGAUAUUCAGAAUUAUCACAAUGAUAUGGUGGUGAUCAUCAAAACUAUCAUCUUGGGUGCUUUGCCGAAAAUAUAA